ACCGGAAGUGGCAGGAACUGCAGCGUUUUCUGCUGAAACCUGAAAUAAAACGGUGUUUUUAUCCUUUAAAAGGUUCCAGAACCAGAACCGGAACCAGAACCAGAACCAGAACCUUUAACCCGAACCCGGGCCAGGAUGAAGCAGAACUGCUCCGUUCCCGCGUUUCUCAGCAAACUGUGGACUUUGGUGGAAGAUGAAGAAACUAAUGAGUUCAUCUGCUGGAGCCAGGAGGGAAACAGCUUCCUGGUUCUGGACCAGCAGCGUUUCUCUAAGGAGAUUCUGCCCAAGUUCUUCAAACACAACAACAUGGCCAUUUUCAUCCGCCAGCUCAACAUGUACGGGUUUAGGAAGGUUCUGCACAUCGACUCCGGCCCGGUAAAGCAGGAACGAGAUGGUCCGGUAGAAUUCCAGCAUCCUCACUUCCUGCAGGGACGAGACGAGCUGCUGGAAGACAUCAAGAGGAAGGUCUCCAGUUCUAGACCGGAGGACGGGUCCAGCAGGUCCAGCAGGUCCAGCAGGUCCAGCAGGUCCAGCAGGCCCAGCAGGUCCACCAGGAUCCAUCAGGACGAUCUCAGCAGGAUUCUGGCGUCGGUUCAGAACGUUCACAACAAGCAGGAAAACAUCGAUGUCAGACUGGCCACGAUGAAGAGGGAGAACGAGUCUCUGUGGACGGAAAUCUCAGACCUGAGACAGAAACACUCGGCCCAGCAGCAGCUCAUCAAGAAGCUGAUCCACUUCAUCGUGACUCUGGUCCAGAACAACCGGAUCCUGAACCUGAAGAGGAAGAGGCCUCCUCUGAUGAACAGCAGCGGGAAAAAGUCCAAGUUCAUCCACCAGAUCUACGAGGAGAUGGUCUGCGUGGAGCAGAAUCCGUCCGGCAGCCUCAACCUGAACCUGAUUGGCUCUGAGCUCCCGGAGGAAGUGGUGGUUUGUGACCUGGUGGACAGUGACGCAGAUGCUAACGCGGACGCUAACGCGGACGCUAACGCCGACGCUGCAGAGUCGCCGCCACGAGCCCACGAGCAAGGGGACGUGGAGGUGGAGCAGGUGGAGCUGGAGGAGCUGAGCUCCACCUGCCCAGGUGAGGCCCUGCAGCCGGAGCCCUCGGGGCCCCCGGGGGGUCCGGGGGGGUUAGGGGUCGGGAGGAGCUCCGGGGGCUCCAGCACCUCCACCACCUCCACCUCCACCUCCACCUCCAUGCAGCUGAACCGGAGCUCCAGUCUGAGUGUGGAGGAUCCAGUAAAGAUGAUGGACUCCAUCAUUAACGACCCUGGAAACAUCUGCCACAACAUCAGCCUGCUGGGCAAGGUAGAACUGAUGGACUACCUGGACAGCAUCGACUGCAGUCUGGAGGAUUUCCAGGCCAUGAUGUACGAGAAGCAGUUCGGGAUCGACUUCCACGCUCUGGAGGAGAACGUGUCCAGCAGAGAAAACCCAGCACAGCCCAGUAGAGGAAGAGAAGACGAUAACACAGAGAAGCAGCUGGUCCAGUACACCUGCUGCCCCCUGCUGGCCUUCCUGGACGGCUGCAGUCCUGCUCCAGACCUGGACCUGGACCCCGGGGCCCUGGUGGAGGCCUCGGGGCCCCCGGACCCCCCCCUGGACCUGACCCCCCAGACCCCCUCCCCCCCCCGCAGCUCCCUGGUCCGGCUGGAGCCGCUGACGGAGGCCCAGGCCGCCCAGGAGACUCUGUUCUACCUGUGUGAGCUCAGCCCUGCACCUGAGACGGAGCUGGGACAGGUGUAG